UUGAUUGGAGAUGUGACAACCCUCGUUCCUCCUCUCAAGAAGACUCUCUUUUGUGCCACUCAUUCGUCAAAGAAGGCAAAGCUCUACUGUGAGACGUGCGACGAGUUGAUAUGUCGAGACUGCAUCGUUCGUGUUCAUCGCGACCACCAGUAUGAUCUGGUGCCCGAGUCGUUUGCCAAGCAAGAUAAAGUGAUUGUGGACACUAUCAAGCCAGUGGAAGAACAGAUUGCUACGUUAGAAAGAGCCGUUGAGUCGGUAGACACUCAGUGUGCUGCAGUCGUAGAACAGAAGACGGCUGUGGUGGCAGAGAUCAGGACUGCCAUGGCACACCUGCGACAAGCUCUAGAGGCGAGGGAGACAGAGCUGGUGGGUCAAGCUGAGCAGGCAGCACAGCAGAAACUGAAGACCUUGGCAGCACAGCGAGACGGGUUUGAACUGCAACUGGGCCAGCUGAGGAGCUGCCAGGACUUUGUGGAGGAGAGCCGACGUACUGGCAGCCAGGGGGAGAUUCUGAGGAUGAAGAGUCCUCUCGUGAAACAAGUCAACAACCUGACUGGCAGCUUCAAGCCAGAGACAUUGGCACUUGCCGAGCAAGCCGACCUGGAUUUUGCUCACAGUCUGCCUGAGCUUGUGACAUCUUGCCAGCAGUUUGGUAAGGUGUACUGUCAUCCAGUGUGCCCUGAGAAGUGUCGAACCUCAGGUGAGGGCAUCAAGAUAGCCACAAGAGGGCAAACAGCAGCUGUCUCUGUGGAGGCUUUAGAUAGGGAGGGAGAGGCCUGCCUCAGACCUGUAGACAGCUUGAGGUGUGAACUAGUUGCUAGCGAUGGCAGCAGUCGAGUCGGGGGCACUGUGAAGAGAAGAAAUCAGAACAUCUACGACAUCAGCUACCAGCCUCAGGUCACUGGAGAACAUCAACUACACAUUCUAAUAGAAGAGCACCCUAUCUUGAACAGUCCGUUCACUGUCACCGUGCUACCCAACUUCACUGCCCCAGCCAACAUCAUUGGAGACCUCAAUGCACCAUAUGGUCUUCACAGUCGAUGGAGUCUACUUGAGGCAGUUUGGGAAGAAGGAAAAAAGGAGAGGGAGAACUAA